ACGUGAGCGCCGAUUUUCAAUCAUUUUGUGACUGUGAUGUAAACUGCUGUCACAUUCAGUGGCUUCUCGAAUGUUUGAAACUCAUGUCUGGCAUAGAGUCACAAAAAUAGGCAUAUAGUUCCUUGAAAAUUCUGGAUUCUAAGGACACAUAGGACAUCAUGAAACUGACUGUAGAUCGAGCCCGGGACGUCCUGCUCGCCGGCGCGGGGAGCGCCCUUUUGGCUGGACUAGCCUCCGUCCUGGGCAUCUCCGGAUUCUUGGUGACCUUCGUCGCAGCCUGGGUCGCCUCCGUCAGCGUCAGCGUGAUUUCGUCAAGCCUCAGGGUCCCAGCGACUGGGAAGUCCGUCCUCGUCACGGGCUGCGACUCUGGCUUCGGGUUCGAGCUCGCCCUCCACCUCCAUCGACUGGGGUUCGACGUCUUUGCCGGGUGCCUACUGGCUGACCAAGGAGGCGAGGGCGCGCAACAGCUGAGAGGGGUGCGUUCAGACCGCCUGCACGUCAUCCAGCUGGACGUCACGAGCGGCGAGCAGCUGAACGAAGCCUUGCGCAGCGUGAGGAGUAUCUUGGCCGCCAAUGGGAACGCUCUCUGGGGCAUCGUGAACAAUGCGGGCAUCUCCGCCUUCGGGGACACGGAGUGGGUGCCCGUCGAAGUCUACAGGAGAAUCGCGGACGUCAACUUCUUCGGGCUGGUCUCGGCCACCAAGAGCUUCCUGCCCCUCGUGAGACGCGCCAAAGGUCGCGUAGUGAACGUGUCCAGCAUGCUGGGACGAAUGGUCUAUCCGAUGGGGUCGCCGUACAUCGCUACGAAGUACGCCGUUGAAGCUUUCAGCAAUUGCCUCAGGCUAGAAAUGCGUCGCUGGGGAGUUCACGUGUGCAUAAUAGAGCCUGGCAAUCUACUGGGAGUCACCCGGAUCUCGACGGAGGAAAACAUGAGGGACCAGGCGGAAAAGAUGUGGUCCUCGAUGAGCGAAGAGCUCAAGGAGGAGCUAGGAGGACGCAAGGUUUACGACUUGCAAGUCAGCACUGCGAUAGCCUUCGGUUUCCUAGGGAUGAAAGACGCUACCCUCGUGGUGGAGGCCAUGGCAGACGCCCUGACGCAGAAGUAUCCGAGGGCGCGAUACCUCCCGAUGGAGUUCUACAAUUGGGCGUCACAGAUCGUCUCCAACCACCUGCCGGAGUGCUUCUUCGACAACAUCUGCGCGCAGGUGAUGAGGUUUCUCGCCUGGUGGUACCGGAGUUCCUAGGGGGUUCAUGUAUGGAGGCGAGUUCGGAGAGAGGUUCAACUGCUCUGCGUCGAGAGGUCGUUACUGUGGAGGGGGGAGUCGGUGCGCUUCUCUCUCUCUCUCUCUCUCUCUCUCUCUCUCUCUCUCUCUCUAUUUAGGAAAGUGUAUUCGAUAAGCCAGAUUUCUCUGUCUCUUUAGUGAAGUGUGUCCGAUAAGCUAAAUCUCCCUCUCUCUCUCUCUCUCUCUCUCGUAGUAGCCAUCUUGCUUGGUGAGACGUACCCGCGUGAAGUCAGAUUAAUCAACAGAUAUCACAAGUUUAACAUACGACUAGAAUUUGAGAAAUAUCUAGAAGUGUUCGUGAACUAUCGGUGAUAAGAUUAGUGUAAAAAUAGUAGGAUAAAGCGUCUUCUAAGUUAGUUUAACAAGUGUAAUACUGAAAUCAGAACAAGAUGGCAGUAAGUUCCAACUGCGGGAAGAGGUGGCGUAAUUUAGCUUGCUUGGCGGAUUCGCAAUACGAUGAGGUAGCAGGAAGGGAACUGGCAUUUCUCAUCUAUGAAAUCAGCAACAGUCCUAACCAAAAAGAUACAAAAGCAUUCAUAGAUAUAUUAGAAGGAUAUAAUCCUUCAAACUGGAACAAAUCUAAUGAAAACAUCUUGAAAAUAAUUGAAGAAGUUCCAAAUAAAAUCCAAGUGGUCAAGAGACUCAUAAAGAAAAUAUACAUAAACCAACAUAUUCCGACAAAGAAAAUGAAUAAGGUGAAUCUUGUGAAUAUCCUAAUUGAUGCAUUAGGAAAAAGAAUGCCAAAAGCAUGCAAACUGUGUAAGGUUUGGUAUAGCAUAGUCAAUCCACAAAACCUAAUCAGAAAAUGUGCUGCAUGCAACAUUCCGACCCAUCCACAGUGUGCUGAGGUAAUGCAAGAUUUGAGAAAAGAUACAAGAAUUUUUUGUUCAACAUGUCUAUCAUGGAUAGACAAUGUUAUUAAAUCAAGAUUGAAUGUACAAAUAGUUGAGGAUGAAGAAGAAGAGGAAGAAGAAGAAGAAAAAGAAGAAGAGGAAAACGGAAGAGAAGUAAACAAAAAUGAAAUGACAGAAAAAAAUAAGGAAAACAAAGAACAAGAUAAAAGUAUGGAUGCAGAGAUACUCAUUGAUACUACAUAUGAGGCAAUAAAGCAGCAUACCUACGAAGAAAUAAAUUACGAUAUGACAACAGAAAAGCAAAUCCCGAAGAGGCUCUACCCAGAUCUACACAAUGACGGGAAAGAGGAAAAAAAUAGACAAGAAAGACAAAAUCUGCAACCUUUUGAAAAGAGGGAAUUGCAGAUUUGG